AUGCUUGAAAAAGCUAAUAUUCCCACAGUAAGAAAAACAGUAAGUUCUGAAAAGUCAUUUAGGUUGUUUCCCUGGGAAAUUUUAUGGACGUUCUUCACCUGUUAACACUGGUAUUGAUAAUUCUUUUCGGAUUAUGAAUAAUCAGUUGGCAGGCGCUGUGUUUGUUCAUGUUAACAUUUACUUUGUAAAAGAUGCUUCUUACAGGGGUAUAAAGAGUUGCUGGAAAGAACACUGAUGACUUCAAAGCAAAAUGAAGUUCUUUCUAUUACUUUUAGCUGCUGGGUUCUGCGGGGCUCAGUAUAGCCCACACACUGUAUCUGGACGAACAUCUAUUGUCCAUCUAUUUGAGUGGCGCUGGGAUGAUAUUGCUCUGGAAUGUGAGCGAUACUUAGCUCCCAAAGGAUUUGGGGGGGUUCAGGUCUCUCCACCCAAUGAAAAUGCUAUAAUCAACAGCCCUUUUAGACCUUGGUGGGAAAGAUAUCAACCCGUCAGCUACAAGUUAUGUACGAGAUCUGGAAGUGAAGAUGAAUUCAGAGACAUGGUGACUCGAUGUAACAAUGUUGGUGUCCGUAUUUAUGUGGAUGCUGUCAUUAAUCAUAUGAGUGGAAGUGGUGUGAGUGCAGGAACAAGCAGUACUUGUGGAAGUUACUUCAACCCUGGAAAUAGGGAUUUUCCAGCAGUCCCAUACUCUGGUUGGGAUUUUAAUGAUGGUAAAUGUCAAACUGGAAGUGGAGAAAUUGAGAACUAUCAAGAUGUUAAUCAGGUCAGAGACUGUCGUCUGGUUGGUCUUGUUGAUCUUGCACUGGGGAAAGAUUAUGUGCGUUCCAAGAUUGUUGAAUAUCUGAACAAACUCAUUGACAUUGGUGUGGCAGGAUUCAGACUUGAUGCUUCCAAGCACAUGUGGCCUGGAGACAUAAAGGCGAUUUUGAAUCAACUGAAUAAUCUAAACACUCGCUGGUUCUCCUCAGGAAGUAGAGCUUUCAUUUUCCAGGAGGUAAUUGAUAUGGGUACUGAGCCAAUUAAAGGCAGUGAAUACUUUGGAAACGGCCGUGUGACAGAAUUCAAAUAUGGUGCAAAACUAGGCACAGUGCUGCGCAAAUGGAAUGGAGAGAAGCUGCGUUACUUAGUGAACUGGGGAGAAGGCUGGGGUUUCAUGCCUUCUGACAGAGCACUUGUCUUUGUGGAUAACCAUGAUAAUCAGCGAGGACAUGGAGCUGGAGGAGCAUCUAUUCUUACAUUCUGGGACUCUAGACUGUAUAAAAUGGGAGUUGGAUUAAUGCUUGCUCAUCCUUAUGGAUUUACACGAGUAAUGUCAAGCUACAGUUGGGAUAGAAAUUUUCAGAAUGGAAAGGAUGUUAAUGAUUGGAUUGGGCCACCAAAUGAUGGCGGAGUAAUUAAAAGAGUUACAAUUAAUCCAGACACUACUUGUGGCAAUGGCUGGGUCUGCGAACAUCGAUGGCGUCAAAUAAGGAACAUGGUUGCUUUCCGUAAUGUAGUUGAUGGCGAGGCUUUUACAAACUGGUGGGAUAAUGGAAGCAACCAAGUGGCUUUUGGAAGGGGAAACAAAGGAUUUAUUGUCUUUAACAAUGAUGACUGGUCAUUAUCUGUAACUUUGCAAACUGGUCUUCCUGCUGGCACAUAUUGUGAUGUCAUUUCUGGAGAUAAAAUUGAUGGCAAUUGCACAGGAAUUAAAAUCUAUGUUUCCAGUGAUGGCAAAGCUAAUUUUUCCAUUAGCAACUUUGCUGAGGAUCCAUUUAUUGCAAUACAUGCUGAAUCUAAAUUAUAAAUUUCAAAUUAAAUACAUACAUCCAGAAAA